AUGGCUAUUAAACCCACUCAUACUCUGUCAGUUCCUGCUCAACUCCAACACAGUUUCUUUCUGUUCCUCCCUUGCCCACUAGUACUCUGUCUGUCCCUAACCCACAUACACGCUGUCUGUCCCCCUCCCACGUGCGCACAAGAUCUUCGUCUGUUUGCCUGUUCACUGCCCCCCCCGUGCAUACUGUCUCUCCCGUCUGUUCACCUGUACUGCCCUCUCCCCGAACACACUAGGUCACCGUCUAUCUGCUGUUCCCCCGUCACCAGUUUUUCCCCUGUCUCAAUCUGUCUGUCCGUCUCCCACCCAUAUGCAAAUAAGGUCUUUUCCUGUCCACCCGUCCACCGCCCACGUGCAAACAAGGUCUCGUUCUGUCUGCCCGUUCACCACCCCACCACCCACGUGUAUACUCUGCCUCCGUCUGUCCGCCCGUCGCCCGCCCGCGUGCAUACUCUGCCUCCGUCUGUCCGCCCGUCGCCCGCCCACGUGCAUACUCUGCCUCCGUCUGUCCGCCCGUCGCCCGCCCACGUGCAUACUCUGCCUCCGUCUGUCCGCCCGUCGCCCGCCCACGUGCACACAAGGUCUCGUUCUGUCCACAUAUCCCCCCGCACAGGCGCACUGUUUCCGUCUGUCCACAUAUCCCACCGGCCCACGUGCACACUAUGUCUCCGUCUGUCCGCCACCACCCCGGCCCACGUGCACACUAUGUCUCCGUCUGUCCGCCACCACCCGGCCCACGUGCACACUAUGUCUCCGUCUGUCCGCCACCACCCCGGCCCACGUGCACUAUGUCUCCGUCUGUCCGCCACCACCCCGGCCCACGUGCACACUAUGUCUCCGUCUGUCCGCCACCACCCCGGCAUCCGUGCAUACUAUGUCUCCGUCUGUCCGCCACCACCCCGGCCCACGUGCACACUGUCUCCGUCUGUCCGCCACCACCCAGGCCCACGUGCACACUAUCUACACCCAUUUCCCCGCACAAUAGGUCUCCAUCCGUCUGUCCGCCAACUAGUCCUCUCUGUUUCUUUGCCCGCCUCUCACUGUCUCUCUCCCAUCUGUUUUGCAAAAGGAACGAAAACUUUCCUUUGA